UAAUUAUUUUGAGAGUGUGAAGGUUUUCAAAAAUUAUUCCGCACGUGUGUUUUUGUUUACUUCUCAUAUUUCUGGUGCCAGUUGUCGGUUCAAUUUUACUCGUAAUUUUAAAAAAUGAGUGAUUAUCUGGGCUCGGUUGCUCUACCGAGCAUGAAACAGCGCCAGAAAAAGCUGUGUCAGGUCAAGAUGAAAGCUAGAGCGGAACCCGUGUACCAUGAUUCCAGCAACUUUGGUGUACGCAUGUUGGAAAAGCUGGGCUGGUCCGAAGGCAAAGGCCUCGGUAAAAGGGAGGAUGGAAUGGCCGCCCCGAUUCUGCCAAAGAUGAAACAGGAUAUCGAAGGUUUCGGGUACGCUGGGGAGAAAGACGAUCACUGGACACAGCAUGAUCAAGAUUUCAAUCAAUUGCUGCUGUCAUUGAACGGGGGAGAUAAGCACCCAGGAAUGGAUGACGCGGAUCGUGCAAAAAUAAAAUCUUUGGAGGAAAAAUCCAAAAACUCCCGUGCCAGGGUACAUUAUAAAAAGUUUACCAGGGGCAAGGAUUUGAGCAGGGCCAGCGAAAAAGAUCUGGCUAAUAUAUUUGGUAAACGCUCUUUGGAAGAAAUAAAAAGUCCUGUUGAAGAAGAGCCGGAUCAACAGAAAGAAGAACACGAAGAAACGAAUAUUUUAGGAUUAACAACUAUACAGUCUAGUAUGUCGCUUCAAGAUUACUUUAAGGCCAAAAUGAAACAGAAAAGUAUCGGAAUUCAACCAGAUACCGAGGAUAAAACGGAGGAGCCGACUAAGAAAAAAAAGAGAGUAAGAAAUUUAGAAAGUUAUGAAGGAAUUGAAGGACAGAAUGAAAAACCGAAAGAUGAUGAAAGCCAGGCAAUUUUAGAAGCAAGUCCGACAGAAUCAACCAAGAAAAAACGUAAAAGAAAACAGGUUGAUGUUAUGGACGAAAUCACUCUGAACGAAGAGGAUCCAAAUUCGAAAAAGUCCACAACUGAAAUAGAGAAUGAAUCGAACGCUCAAGAAAUAAAAUCUAAUAUGUCUUUACAAGAGUACUUUAAGAAAAAGUUGAAGGAAAAACUUUCUAGUAGCAAAUCUUGCGUAUUUGAGCAGAAUACCACACAGAGUUCAUCUACCGAAGAAAUUAUCAAGAAAAAGAAUAAUAAGAAAGUCGAAUUAGAAACGACACAAGAAUUUUCUGCAAACGAGGAACUUGUUGAGUUGCCUAAAAAGAAAAAAAAGAAAAGCAAAAUCGCAAUGGAAGAUGCCUUAGAAGUCUUAAAUGAACAUCUAGCAGAAACUUUACGAGAAGAACCGCCUAAGAAGAAAUCUAAAAAGGAGAAACGAAAACCAUCGACGGAUGAAGCAUGUUCCGUAUUAGAGCCAAACUCUGCUGUCGAAACAGAAUCGCAGCAUAAGAAAUCAAAAAAGAAGAAAAAACAGCAUUUGGAGGAUACUGAAUCAAAACAGCAACAGGAAACUGAUAACGCUAGUGCCGAUCCGCAUUCGAAAAAGAAAAAGAAGAAAGACGUACCAGAAGCUGCCGACGACGAAAUUACUUGCCCCGUUAAAGUCAGUAUACUGAAACAGUUGGACGAAGAUGGUUUUCCUGGUUCUAAUUUUGCCAAUAUUGUAGGCUACGGACUGACACAGGAUGUGCGAUUGAUCAAGCGAGAAAGUUGCAGAUUUGGAGGUCGAAUCAUUAAUGCGGGAGCCGCCAACAGUACUGGCACAAAGCAGAGCCUGGAGAAGCACCAGUUCAAUCGCAAUAAACAGGUUUCAGCUCGCCGGAAACGGCAAAUGCUGAAAAAAGUUAGUGCAUUUCAGGCUAUAUAGCGUUGUUAUAAUUUUCGACAGCCAAAUCUGUACAAUAUAGAAAUAUCAUUUAA